AUGUUUCUGGAUGUCUUGCAUUUGUUGUUUUUAUUUUCAUCAGUUAAUACAAAGUUUGUGGUGUUUUUCAUUACAGAGUUGACAAAAAGAGUAAAAAAAUACUUGAACCCAUUUCUAAGGCAGUGGAAGCAUUCUCCAGCAACCCAUUACAGUGUAAGCUUGACCUCAGUUACUAAUGAAAAAAACAUCCUUCAGGCAAAUAGGAGAAAAUGGGAAUUCUCCGAGACAAAGGUGCAUUUGCCAGAGCUAAACCAUCUGCCUGAGCUGAGAGGAGUGGAAGUGUGGCAUCCCAGAUAUCUCAAAAAGGAAAAUAAGACCAUUUCAGAGUCCCAUGUUGCCUCCCUUGCUGCUAUUGACCUCCAUACCCCAAGUCUGGCCUCACAGCAGCUGUCAGGGACUUUAAUGCCUGAGGCAUCAGAAGGCAGCUUCCCAAGAGCUGAGCACUAGCCUCAUGGAGAAGAUCACACCUACCUGUAAAAAGGUGGGCUCUCAUUUCUGCUGUCUAGCUUUAAUUUCUGCAUGCACAUGGUAUGUACAAGCAAAUUAUGUUGCCUCUGCCUUUUUUAUUUGCUUAAUAGAUUCCUACCUUUUUUUACAAAAACCUUCCCAGAGCCUCCUCAUGGCUUUCAAAUGGAUAGUUUUGUGUAUGCUUGGCAUUGGUGUUGGAAAUUACACAGCUCAUG